GCGGGGAAUUCGGGGCGGACACACAAAGGUAAUCGCCCGUCUCACACACUCAGAUCGACCUCUUUCCCCUCUCACGAAUGUCUCGAAUCUGCAACAGAACGUGGAAGUCUUGCGUCUCCAGAUCUUGAGUUUUAGUUUCUACUGUGUAGUAUUCUCUUCUUCGCCCCCUCUCCUUAGUUCUCUGGAGAUUUCACGGCCUACUGCACCGGAUGCCGCGAAGAGUCUAGGCAAGGCGCUACCCCGGAUUUUGAGAUGUACGUACGUAAGUUGACCAACCAAUAUCACCAUCAACCGAGUUUCAGUACUCAGCAGCUACCUACCUACCUACCCACCUACUUGUUUCCAAUUGCUCUAUCUCCUUUGUCUGUUCUUUUUAGAGUUCUUAGGUACAGCAUAAGCAGGGCAGGUAGAGCUCAUAGCUAUGAAAUCCCCCGUCAAAUCGACGAUGCCUUCGUCUACCUCACCGCCGUCAUGCCACUCACCAUUUGCCCACUCACACUUCACAGUCACACACACACACCUCUACACCUCUCAGCCCACAGCUUAUGGAAUCAUUCAUGCUCUCCUUCCCGAAAUUCGUCCGCCCCUCCCCCCAUCAUCACCAAGCUCACACGCAGUAUGAUGGAACACUGCGAUCUUUUUCUCAUUCCCAUUCCUUGUGACAGAGGAUGAGUGGGCGGCAGUAGCAGGCAGGAGUCAAGCAUUUCCAUACCUUGCAAGCAUCUAGAAUACCUCCCAGGACCAGACCCCCAAAGAAAGGACUUUAAAGGCAGGUAGUAUUUAGAUAUGAGUACAUGCAUACUCCCCUGUUCGAUGGGCACUGUUACUUGUGUAGCUACGGUACCAUCUUGCGUUUCUCGGUAGACCUCUGAGUACCACUCAGGCAUUAUACCCAAGUCGGUAGCCAAGACGAAGGAUUACGAUGAUGCCAUCGCCGCGGUAACCUUGGCGAUGUAUGUACCUUCCAAUGUAUGUCGGUAAGUAUGGGGGAUAACCCGACAUGGCGGAUAGGAACG